AUGAACCGCUCUCCGACUUUCUUCGAGAGAUACUACAUUCUUAGAGGAGAAUAUGACUAUUACACAAAUUUUAAUGUAUCAGCUCGGUACAGCCGCUCAAUACUGAGAGUUAACCUCUCCAAUGCAUUGCGAAACCUAGUUAAGAAGUACCCAUGCUUUGCUGUAAGUUUCUUCCGCGUAAACGAUAAAGAUUUAGAGGAAGAUGGUAAAAACUUUGUAAUGAAACCUCUUCAACAGGUGAAGUUUGACGAUGUUGUAGCAUUCCAUAAGAUCUCCAAGUUUGAUGAGACUACGUUAGAGUAUAUAGAUCAAUUUGUAGUUAAAGUAGGAAUCGAAAACAGUCCUCUUUGGAGAAUCAUAGUAAUGGAAGAAGAGGAAACUGGAAGGCAAUACUUGACGUUCUAUUGUGAUCAUGCGAUAUUUGACGGAACAUCGGGUGGAUUGUUCCACGAUAAGCUUUUGCUUGAGUUGAAUGAAGUGGAAUCGAAUCAAAGUGAGUUGCAAUUCGCUGAAAAUCUUCAUACUUUAGAUGAUUCUUUUGAAAUUCCACAUGUUAAUGAAGCAGGUUUAGCGUUGUACGAUUCUUCAGUACUGUUUGCGUUGUAUGAAACAGCCAGUAGACUCCUCGUACCUGGGUGGAUAAAGAAUUAUAUUUCUUCAAUCUAUCAAAACUGGUACCCAAGUAAGUACUACGUUGAUGUUUCGAAAAAUCCUAUGUAUAGAUAUAAGCCAACAAGGAAGAGUACACCAACCAAGUUUAAGCUUUUGAAGUUCUCACCCGCUGAAGUUCGUGGUAUGCUUUCCAGAUGUAAACAAAACGGUCUCACAUUGACUCCAUAUGUAAUUGUCAUUGCAUUGCAAUGUCUACAGGAAACCAUUAUGAAGGGAACAUCACAAGAAGUUGCAACAUCUUCUGAAUCUGCUCCGAUCGAACAUUCUUCUGAGACAAUCAUUGCAAUUAAUAAUCGUAGAUUUUUACCUGAAGCUCAUGCAGAAGAGUUUGGCCUCAUGGUUUCCCCCGUGGAAGUUGCUCUACCUCCAUUCCAAAAGUUCGAUAAAUUGGAUGACUUAUUCCCCACGAUGGCACACGUCGGAAAAGUAAUGACAUCAGGAAUAGAAGCGAAUUAUGGAUCUAAAAUAGUCGGUCUUCUUAAGUAUGUUAAGGUUGGUGAUUUCUUAAAGGAAAAAUUAGAUCAAUCAUCGUCCAGACAGACGUUGGAUGUUUCAAACUUGGGUAAUAAGAGUUAUAUCCAUGGAUCUUGGGAAGCCGAGGAGUUCAUUUUCUCUCAAUCUCAAGGUGUUGGAACUCACUUUGGUAUCUCGUUGGUAAGUACCCUGAAACUGGGUCUUAAUAUUGUUUUUGGGUACUUAGAAGAAUAUGCUAAGUUCCAAGAUGAAACUGAGCUGUUUAUUAAAUUAUACAGACAAAGGCUCUUAGAUGAGGAUGCCAACCUUAGAUAA